ACAGCCUUCACCUUUUUGAAGAACACGCCUGUGCUCCUUCCUCAUUUCUAACAUUUAUCCAGCAAACUCGUCGGACUUUCGCUAGUUUCUUGCUUUAAAGUGAAGACGUUGAGGACAAACUCCCCAAACAGAUGGCCGACUCUGCAGAAGAUGCUCCCCUGGCCAGCGGGAGUCAGGCGGGGAGCGAAGAAGUCCUUCUUGCCCCUGCUGGACCCACAGGGGGCUCCAACCGUUAUGCCUUUAAGGUGGCAGGCCUGACAACCAUUGCAUGUCUGCUGCUGGCCAGCCUGGUCUUCACUGCCUACAUGGUGUUCGACCAGAAUCAGGAGAUCCACUCACUGCAGAGAAACGUAGAAAGAUUGGACAAACAGCUGACCCACUCAUCCCAAGCUCAAAGAAACAUGCGGCUACCCAUCAAGAGUUUUCCUCUGCUGAUGGACCUCACAUUAGAUGAGGACGCCAAGACAUCUCUGACAAAACUGCAGGACACCGUUGUCAGCGUGGAGAAACAGCUGAAGGAUCUCAUGCAGGACUCCCAGCUGCCGCAGUUCAACGAGACCUUCCUGGCCAACCUGCAGAGCCUGAAGCAGCACGUCAAUGAGAGCGAGUGGAAGAGCUUUGAGUCCUGGAUGCGUUUCUGGCUGAUCUUCCAGAUGGCCCAGCAGAAACCUGCAACCCCAACACCAGCCCCUGUGAUCAAGACCAAAUGCCAGACGGGUGCACUAACUGGAGCCAUCGGUUUCUACAAGCCCCAGUGUGACGAGCAGGGCGGCUACAAGCCCAUGCAGUGCUGGUCCCCCACCGGCUACUGCUGGUGUGUGGACCUGACCGGCACGGCCAUCGAGGGCACCCGCAUGCGCGGUCGCCCCGACUGUCAGACAGCUCAGCCUAGCCGCAGGAUGCUUCCACCCACGCUGCUGCUGAAGAAUCAGCGUUGAUGAUUAGUGAAACAAAUGGAGCAGAAGACAUGCGACCAAGUUUUGCCGACAGUUAUUGUUUGAUUUGCUAAUCAGUUUGUGCACUUCCAUGUAAUUUGUCAUUUGAACUAUUUUGCUGGCUGCUUGAAAUCAAAUCAACAUAGGCCUCUCAGUGUAUUGCUUUUAAGGUUUAAUCGUUGUGUCUUUUCUAACAGACACAUUUUGGAAGUGUUCUUGACAUUUUAAUCUUUAUUCAUAUAAUCACAUAUGUCUGCCUGUACCCAACCACAAUGGAGGAACAGCUGUUUGUUUAUGGUGCAUACAGUAUUGAAACAUUACAUUUAAAACACGUUAACAGCCAGAAUCUUUAACCCAACAGUGUCGAUUGUUAAGUGUCUUGCUCAAGGACAUAUCAACUAGGGCAGGGAUCGAACAGCUGAUCCCCUGAUUGAAAGACAGACCUGCUGACAACAUGGCAUAGUCACCCGACAAUUUGCAACAUAAAUGUUUUUCAAUGCUGUGAGCAUCGCAAAUAAACCCCAGAUAAAUAAAACUCAAACUAUCUGCAUGGCUAUAUACAAGUUUAGUUUCUUUGAAAUUUGGGUGAGCGUUCAACAAGAUUGUGAACUAAUGCAAUACCGACUAAUAAUGAUGUUUGUGAUAAGAAGGUUCAAUAAAGUUUUCUGACACAA